AGAAGAUGAUAAGAUGGUGGCUUUAUGCUUUGCAAUUAGUCGAGCUGAUUGUUAGUGCAUUGGUGCAUAUGCUAUAUGGGUUUUAUAUAUUUAGCACGGCAGUCGCCGGAGACCUUUCUCAGAAUUUAAGUGAACAAUUUUUCAAGGGAAAUCUAGAGGUUAAAAGAGAAGAUCCCAGUGGAACCAAUGUUGAUGAUCUGCCUCCUAUUGUAUUGGUUCAUGGCAUUUUUGGAUUUGGCAAAGGAAGAUUAGGAAGUUUUUCAUACUUUGCUGGGGCAGAGAAGAAAGAUGAGAGGGUUCUCGUGCCUGAUUUGGGAUCUCUCACCAGCGUAUACGAUCGGGCACGUGAGUUGUUCUAUUAUUUAAAAGGAGGGCAAGUUGAUUAUGGCGAAGAACACAGCAAAGCUUAUGGCCACUCGCAGUUUGGACGAAUUUAUGAACAAGGGCAUUAUCCAGAAUGGGAUGAAGAUCACCCUAUUCACUUCGUUGGCCAUUCGGCCGGUGCUCAGGUUGUUCGUGUCUUGCAACAGAUGCUUGCCGAUAAGGAAUUCGAAGGGUAUGAGUAUACUUCUGAGCACUGGGUUUUAAGCAUAACAUCCUUAUCCGGGGCUUUCAAUGGCACCACCAGAACUUAUUUCGACGGCAUGCAGCCAGGCGAUGGGAAAACGAUGAAACCUGUAAGUCUGCUUCAGCUAUGUCGAAUAGGAGUUACAGUUUAUGACCGGUUAGAUAUCCCCUGGCUAAAGGCUUACUAUAGUUUCGGGUUCGAUCAUUUCAACAUGUCAAGGAAAAAACUUGGUCUUUGGGGUCUUGUUGAUUGCCUCUCGGGCAAUGCAGGACCUUUCACCACCGGAGAUUGGAUCCUUCCCGAUCUCACGCUUCAAGGAUCAAUGGAAAUGAAUUUCCGUCUUCAAACGUUCCCCAACACAUUCUAUUUCAGCUACGCCACCAAAUGUACACGGAAGAUCCUCGGCGUCACCGUCCCUUCCGGCAUUCUCGGUAUACACCCGAUGCCCUUUAUACGAGUACUACAGAUGAGCCAAUGGCGCCAUCCUCUUGAUGUUCCUCCCCCUUACAAAGGCUACAGGGACGAGGAUUGGCAGGACAACGACGGAGCUUUGAACACGAUAUCGAUGACUCACCCUCGUCUCCCGAUCGAACACCCGAGCCGUUUGGUUGUCAAUGAUUCCGAUUGCCUACCUCUACAGCCAGGCAUAUGGUAUUACAAAAUUAUUGAACAGGCAGAUCACAUAUUGUUCAUAGUGAAUAGGGAAAGAGCAGGAGUUCAAUUUGAUCUGAUAUAUGACACCAUAUUUCAGCGUUGCAGAAAGCAUGUUUUUAGAAAGACUCCACCAACUUUACCAAACCAACCUCUCCCUAACUAAUUAAAAAUGAUAAUAAUAGUCUCUAGCACACACCCCUCUUCUGUUGUUCUCA